AUGGCACCACUUACGCCCCAUUGGACCCAGCCGUCCCACCCGGACAUCCAGGAUAUCGUCAAGGCGAGCGAGACAGAGUUCCUCACCAAGAGCUUCUCCAAGGUCUCUCUGCCGCCUUUUGCAGUUUACGCAAAAAUGUCCUUCCCACCGUGCGAUCUGGCCGACGAGCCAACCUAUGCCACCGUUCAGUGCGGCAAGGCUAAGCACUUGAACCUCAACAGUGACUUGCUGUACAUUAACCACUCGUGCGAACCGUCUCUUAUUUUUGACACGGGCAACUUUAAUGUUCUGGCUGGGCCGAAAGGACUUCAGCCCGGCGAUGAACUGACGUUCUUCUACCCCUCCACGGAAUGGCACAUGGCCCAGCCGUUCGAUUGCUUCUGCGGCACCCCCUCGUGCCGUGGCAAGAUCGGCGGCGCACGCGACAUGUCCCGCGCCCAGCUGGAGGGUCUCUGGCUCAACGGCCACAUCCGCGAGCUCCUUGAGGAGCGCGACUCAGGGGCUCGCUCUGAGAACGACGACCCCACGGCCCAGGCGCUGAGAGAUGCCCUGAAGGCCGCCGAGCGCGUCGUCGAGGCAGCCCGCUCUGCCCUGAGGAGCUACACCGAGUCCACCACCGGCAACAGCAACGGGACCCAGCAGCAACAGCAUCAGCAGACGGCCAAGAACGGCGUCAAUGGUUCCAAGGCCGGUCGUAACGGCGCUAGUGCCAGGGAGUUGGGAGGCGAGUUGGGCGGCGACACGCGCUCUGCGUAG